AUGACUUCCUAUAAGGCAGUAAUAUUUGAUAUCGGUGGAGUUUGUGUAGGUUCGCCUUUUAACGGAAUCGCAGAAUACGAAAAAGAACAUCAUUUACCACCCAAUUUUAUUAAUGUGUCGAUGCAAGUUGAGAGAAUUGCGAGAAGUGGAGAAAAUGGUGCAUUCCAGCGUUUGGAACGUGGAGAAAUCUCGCUUCAAGAGUUUUACAAAAUAUUCGGUAAAGAGCUGUCGGACCCUAAAAACAAAGAAUAUUAUCUCGAAUACACGCGACUACGUGAGGGUUCAACAGCAAUCAACGAAUCUCAUCUACCCGCUACGACAACGAUCGAUGGCAGAGAAUUAUUGAUAAAGAUGAUAUCUGAGUUUACAGUUAUAGAUCCGGUAGUUUUUGAGGCACUAAAAAGUCUUAGGGCUAGUAAAAAAUAUAAAAUUGUCGCGUUGACCAAUAAUUUCCAAGUUUCACCUGACGACUCACAAGAAAUCGAAAUAUUGGGUGAUGCGCAUACAGAGUUAAAAAAUUUGUUUGAUGAAUAUUUUGAAUCAAGUAUCAUUGGACUCAGGAAACCUGAUCCGAAGAUAUUCACAUAUGCUUGUAGCAAGUUAAAUAUUGAACCCAAAGAUGCUAUAUUUCUUGACGAUAUCGGAAUGAAUUUGAAAGCGGCAAAGGAGCUGGGAAUGACAACUAUAAAAGUUGAACUGGGUAAUUCUGAAAAGGCGAUUAAGGAAUUAGAGAACCUAUUGGGAAUCUCAUUGCUGAAUAAUACUGCAACAAACGUUAAGUUAUCCAAAAUCUAG